AUUCAUUUUUCGUUUAUAUUCAAUAUAUUUUUCACACUGAUCAAACAAAAUCAACCUGUUCCUUGUGCAACAAUGAGCUCUAUUACUUUUCAUUUCUUGAUUCUCUCUGUCUCGAUCUUUCUGUCUUGCUAUCAACCCUUCUCAAAAUCCACCUCUGAAGUUACUGGAAACAUGACAGAUCGUUUUGCGUUGCUUUCCAUCAAGGCUGGCAUAGACUCUGAUCCACUACAGUUGACGGCCUCUUGGAAUGAAUCGACACAUUUUUGUAGUUGGAUUGGCGUAACUUGCAGCCACAGGCACCAGAGAGUAGUCAAGCUAGAUUUGCGUUCAAGCAUGUUAUCAGGAUCACUGUCACCCUCAGUCGGUAACCUAAGUUUUCUUAGAGAAUUCCAGCUCUACAACAACAGCUUCAGUGGCGAAAUCCCUCAAGAGGUAGGCAGGUUAUCAAGGCUGAAAAUACUAAGCCUUGAAAACAAUUCAUUUUCUGGUGAAAUCCCAAAAAAUAUAUCGAGGUGCUUCAAUCUGAUAAAACUCGGUUUGGGUGGUAACAAUCUGAUUGGCACAAUUCCGAUGGAAUUUCAGUUCCUAUCGAAUCUGGAACUAUUUUUUGUUUAUUUGAACAACUUGACUGGACAGUUACCACCUUAUCUGGGCAAUAUUUCAUCCCUCGUUUCGAUUUCUGCAGGAGGAAAUAAUUUUGUUGGAAAUAUACCGGAUACUCUUGGUCGUCUGAGGAAUUUGGAGUAUGUGGAGCUUGGCAUCAACAACCUGUCUGGUACCUUCCCUUCAUCUUUUUUCAACUUGUCAUCAUUGACUAACAUUGAUAUGCCCCUAAAUAAAUUCCAAGGGAGCCUACCACCAGACAUAUUUACUACUCUUCCGAAGCUGCAAAAGCUAAACAUUGCUAGAAAUCAACUAACAGGAAAUAUUCCUCCCUCGGUAUUGAAUGCCACAGAGCUUAUGUUGUUUGCUAUAAAUGUAAAUGGCUUCACUGGGAAAGUACCGUCUUUUGGAAAUAUGCAGAAACUUGACUGGCUUGCACUUAAUCAGAAUGAGCUUGGAUAUGGGAAACCUGAUGACUUGGAUUUCAUGUCAUCAUUGCUCAAUUGUACUCACUUAAGCCUACUACAUCUGAGUGAAAAUAGGUUCCAAGGAGUUCUGCCAAGAUUUAUAGGCAAUAUUUCAGGGCUUAGGCGAUUUACGAUUGGGGGAAAUCUGAUAUAUGGGGAUAUUCCGACCGAGAUCAGUGAACUUGUAAACUUAGAGACCAUGUAUUUGUGGUCAAACCAACUCAAGGGUAGUGUUCCUGAUUCUGUUGGAAAGCUUCAACAGUUGAAAAUAUUAUCCCUCCUGGAGAACAAAUUAUCAGGGGAAAUUCCAUCUUCUAUUGGAAAUUUAACCCUGUUGACAGAACUCUACCUUCAAGGAAAUAAUUUGCAGGGUAUCAUACCUUAUACCCUGGGAAGAAGCAGUUCAUUAUUAUCAGUUGAUAUUUCUCGAAACAAUCUUAGUGGUUACAUACCUGAAGAAAUUUUUAGCCUCCCAUCUUUAUCAGAAUUCUUAGACCUCUCAAGCAACAGUUUAGUGGGCUUCCUGCCUUCAAAAAUCAGUGGUUUAGAACAUCUAGUCCUGUUGAAUCUUUCAAACAACAUGUUGUCUGGUAUUAUCCCAGAGAGUUUCGGCAGCUUAAUAAGCUUGAGGGAGCUUUACAUGGCUAAUAACUUCUUUCAAGGCAAUCUUUUUCCUAUGAGUUCGUUGAAAAGCUUGGAAAUCAUAGAUAUUUCUCACAACAACAUCACGGGCAAAAUUCCAAAAUUCUUGGACAAUUUUUCAUUCUUAAGGAACUUGAACCUAUCUUAUAAUGAUUUGGAGGGUGAGGUACCAACCGAAGGAGUUUUCAGAAACUCAAGCCAAGUGUCAGUUGAUGGAAACAGUAAGCUUUGUGGAGGAAUUCCUGAUUUACAGCUUCCAUUAUGCUCCAUAAAAGAAACUUCAAAGAAAUCAAGAAUCUCUCGUUCGCUAAUACUAGUAAUAUGUAUAUGUAGCUCGGUCUUGGUGCUAAUACCGGUGACAAUCUCUAUAAUUGUUUACAGCCAGAAGCACAAGAAAAAGGCAUUGUUAGCAGAUAGUCAGGGAAACGAUGUUCUCCCAAUGGUAUCUUAUAAAAGCCUUUACAAAGCAACAGAUGGUUUCUCAACAGACCACCUAAUUGGUUCUGGGAAGUUCAGUUCUGUCUAUAAAGGAGCUCUUAAUGAAAAUGGAUCAGUUGUUGCCAUAAAAGUACUCCAACUUGAAGUUCGAGGAGCUUCCAGGAGUUUCGUAGCAGAGUGCGAGGCAUUGAGAAGAAUCAGGCACCGAAAUCUGGUAAAAGUUUUAACUUCUUGUUCCAGUGUUGAUUUCCAAGGAAAGGAAUUUAAGGCCAUUGUCUAUGCAUAUAUGGAGAAUGGAAAUUUAGAGAAUUGGUUACACCAGGAUCCUGAAAUUGUUGAUUCCAACCAAUGGCAAAGGCAUUUAACACUUGUAGAAAGAUUGAACAUUGCAAUUGAUGUGGCUUCUGCACUAGAUUAUAUCCAUCACCAUUGUGGAACUCCAUUGGUGCACUGUGACCUCAAACCGAGCAAUAUUCUUUUGGACAGGAACUUGGUUGCUCAUGUAGGUGAUUUUGGCCUGGCAAGGUUCAUCCACGAGGACAACCGUGCUCUCUCUGAAGGAUUUAAGGGUACUUUUGGAUAUGCUGCUCCAGAGUACGGUAUGGGCAGUGAGCCAUCAACUUAUGGCGAUGUGUACAGCUAUGGAAUUCUCCUGCUCGAGUUAUUUACAGGAAAACGUCCCACUGCUCAUGAUUUCUCUAGCGGCCUGAACCUGCAUAACUUCUCCAAGAUGGCCAUUCCAGAGCGCAUCAUGGAAAUUUGUGAUCCUACACUUUUUUAUGACGAAGAGGAGAGACUGAGCAAAAACCCUGAAUAUGAAAUACCAAAGUACCUCAUCUCAGUUAUGAAGAUUGGAAUAUCUUGGUCCAUGGAAGUUCCAAGAGAACGAAUGGACAUCAGCAAAGUCAUCGAUGAACUCUACUCAGUCAGAAACGUCCUUCUGACAACUUAAAUACCAUACCUCCAAAAUUUGGUCAAAUUGCGCGUAAAUUCUGAACAUCAUCUCUUUGUAUAAAGUAGUCCCUUUAAUGAUUCAUGCUUUGCCAACAUUUGUUGAGUUUGAUCAAA